AUGGAAACCUUGUUUCCAGCUUCAUUCAUAUCGAAUUCGAGUUUGUUGAUGCAACAGAGGAAAAACACAGUAUGGACAAAAGAAGAAAACAAGAAAUUUGAGAGUGCACUUGCAGUGUUUGAUGAAAAUAAUCCCAACAGAUGGUUUAUGGUGGCAGCCAUGAUCCCUGGUAAAUCGGUGCAUGAUGUGAUAAACCAGUACAAAGAAUUGGUGUCGGAUAUUAGUGAUAUAGAAGCUGGAAGAGAGGCAGGUCUUGCAAUCAAGAAAGAAAAAAAGGUGUACCUUGGACAGAGGAGGAGCACAGACGUUUCCUGUUGGGACUUCAAGAGCAUGGCAAAGGGGACUGGAGGAACAUCUCGCGAAAUUUUGUUAUCUCUAAAACACCUACUCAAGUUGCAAGCCAUGCUCAAAAAUAAUUCUUCGUCGGUUACAUUGGUACAGAAGUCCAUUGGCACUCCAAAAAUAUUACUUGACUGGAAUCACAAAAAUAAUGGAGCUUCAAUGGUGUUCGACUCAGCUUAUGAUGAUCCAUUCAUUGCAUAUCCACAUGAUAUUGCAUCGCAUGGUACCUGUAUAGUUAACACAGGUGCUGCUAAUCAAGGGUUCCAGUUCUGUUUCACGGGAACAUUCCAAUCCGAAAGAUCUCUUGAGUGA